CCGUAUGCUUCGAUUGGCGGGGCACUCGCGCGCGUCUUACACAAGCCGCGUGCGCGCGGACAGGUCUCAGGCCGAGCCAAGAGCUCACCGAUCGGCAGUCUUUGCUGAGUCGUAGCCGCGGAAAGGUGCACACCACCGAGAUCGAUUUCGUAUCGUUCGUUUCUUUUGUAUAUUCGAGUUGAAGUUAAGUGCCGGCGGCCUUCGCGGCUUUGAGGGCUGAGAACAUCGUCGAGCCGUAUCGCGAUCGCGAAGCAGUGUAGGUACGCUCUCCCUCUCCACAGCUCUCGAGCGGGCCUCGUAUCCACCUCGUCGACCUCGCUCACCUGAGAAGUCACCGUCAGCGCCUGAUUGUAGAGGCGUACAAUAUCUGCUCCAAAAUACGAGCACUGGAGAGCAGCAUCUGGCGAAAAGUGGCUAUAACUGGAGAGCUCACCUCAUCAGAAAAAAGGUAGAGGCAAAAAGUGAAGAAAAAAAAACCUACGGCUGCUACUGAAGGAGAACCGCAUACGACUCGAGAGAUGAAGCUCGUUCACGUCAGCCUGACCAUAUUGGUCGGACUUUGUAGCGCCUCCGUCUGCAGUGCUAAAGCAUCCCACAAAGUCUUCUGUUCGGAAGACCAAAUGCGAGUAAAUGUGGCACUUCCGUCGAACGACACCAGCACAACCUCCGUGUACCUGGAAGGUAUGAAAGGGUAUCCAGAACCAAAGUGUAAACCCACCAUCAAAGACACACUCGCGGAGUUUCAGCUCUCGUUGUCGAACAUCUACGAGUGCGGCGUUACCCGUGUAGUCAAUAAGAUAACUGGUAAGAAGGUUUUCUAUCAUCGAGUCAUAGUUGAAGGCGAUCAGGAGUUUGGGAAGGAAGUGAUCAAUGUGAAAUGUAUAACCAACGGUCCUCUGUACAAUGUUACCCACGGAAUCGUCAAACGAGAUGUGCUACCGGCUGGAUUUCAAGAACCAGAGGACUUGGAAAUCACAUCCAACAUUACAGAAAGCGCACCCGAACCAUCUUUGGACAUAGCUGUGCGACAAGGCAACGUGCGUGUUUCCGGUGACUUGAACGUCAGUCCAGGCACGAACCUGCAAAUGGAAAUCUUCCUCGACGACAAAUCGGCGCCGAUUUACGGCUUGGGUGUUAACUAUAUGCAAGUUACAGAUACGCUCACCCAGGAGGAAACUAUCAUCUACAACGGUUGCUCGGUCGAUCCAUAUCUGUUCGAGAACUUCAAUACCGUUGAUGGUGAUUUGCUGACGGCGAAGUUCCGUGCGUUCAAGUUUCCCGAGUCGACCUACGUGCAGUUCCGUGGAACCGUCAACGUUUGCGUAGAUCGAUGCAAGGGAGUCAUCUGCAGUAAUGGACAGACCGCUUACGGACGCCGGCGUCGAGAGAUCAGCCAGAGCGCUGCCGAUCCCAACAAAAUAUACGAAGUGACGAUGACCACGUUCAUCAAGGUCAACUACGAUGAAAACGCCGAUAAGAGCACCGCAUCCGAAAUCGAUCAGAAGUUCCGCCAACUGAAACUGGCGAACCAGAAGUUGGCCCGGAACAGCCGUGCCGGAAACGUUUUCGAGAGCAUUCACGUUUCCAAAACGUCCGAAACGAGUCCCAGCGAGAACGCCAAGGUCGAAGAAACGAUCCUGUUCGCUCGAGAGGUUAUCAGUCAGCCUCAGGAAACGGUGAUGACUGGAAGAAGUAGUAGCAAUCGGCACGUGCCGGCCAGUUUGUGCAUCGUUCUAGCGAUGGCCGUGUUGGGACUUUUGCUGCGCAAAGACUUUCCCUAGAACUCGAUUUCUUACUAAUGAUCUCAGUGAACAGACAUAACGUACACUCUAAUGACUAACGAAUAACGCACUCGUAACCAGAAUCAGAAAUGCUGUGUGAGGUAAAAUUGAUCACUGUGCUAGAUUUCUAACAAUAUUGAUGUCUUGUACAAGCAAACGAAUGGGUCAGAGAUAAAAAAAAGCAAAGUGAGGUUCUAACUGUUAUACUAGCAAAUGUUAGGCGUUCUAAAGUUAUUUAAUCAUGUGCUCCAAUAUUAUUUUCAUUUUAAAGUAUUUCGGUCCACUUUUUGAACUUUUUUUUUAUUUUUAUUAUGCAGUUCUUUUUACAAUUUUCAAGUAACUUGGAUAUGACCAUUUCUUCACCAGGAUUAAUACUAUUCAUUUAAAAAAAACAAAACAAUUAUGCCAAAACACCGUACAUUUUUACAUCUGACUUGUAUUACACAGAAUUUGUGUAAAAACUAUUUAGUAAAAUUUAUCGCACGUUUUAUUAUAAUUUUUACAAUUUUGGAUACUUAUGAAUAUACAAAUUAUCCAUACUUCAAUAUUUUGAAAUUGCAUCCAAAACCAACAUCUACUAGAAAAAUGUGUGAAUCUCUAAAACAAAGAAGUUAUCAAAUGCAAUGUUUUGCCUCUGACUCACUAAAAAAACUAAAAGAACCAGCGAUUACGUUGUUACAAUUGAGUACAGUCUAAUAAUACAGAUAUAACUUACAAAGCAAUCACUGUCUGAAAAAAAAUACUUAGCUUCAAAUAUGUGCAAGUGUUCUAAAAGUGAAUUUACAGUUCAACUUGUAUAUAUAGUUGCUGAUUUACAUCAAACAACAAUAUUAUUCAAAAAAAUUAAAAAUUAAGAUAAAUUACUCCUUUUGUCUUUCGCGUUGACAAAGGGAUUGCUAUGAACCUUACUCGAUUCCAAGCAAAUGUAUGAAAAGCGCAAAAAUGACAACCUUCCUGAAAUGUGAUCUAAAAAUUCAGCCCGGUUUGCAAAAACUUGUACAUAAAUACAACAAAAAUGUUUAGGUCAUAAGAAUAUGCUUACCACAAAAACAAUUAAAAAAAAGCUGUACGUUUUAAAUAAGCCUACAUUAAUACGAACUAGUGCCCGACAAAUUUUAAGCGACUGCAUUUUAACAAAGUUUUAACGUAACGAGUUUUACGACAUCGGCAUCAAAAAAAUGUGAUUGAUCGAAUUGGACCUUGUACAUUUAUUUUUCGUCUCAAUUGAUUGGUAAUUUGCAGAUAUUGUAAAGGAAUUGAGUCGAACGCAAUCUUCAACUCAAUUCUUCAAAACAAAUAUAAGCAAUGUAAGUAAUACUAGUCUAAUAACAUUAAAAAUGCGGAUCCAAACGAUUCGAGGUGUAAAAUCAACAUAAACAUAAAAAAAUGAAUUCGUAAUAUAAUGAGCUAAGUACUGCGAUGAGCAAUCAAUGGAAUCCAUCGAUAAGCGGGCCACGUGUGACGCUUGGGAACGUCUACAGUAUCCACGUUUCCUAUUGCGAUUUCAUAUCUUAUGGGUGUCAUGCUUCUCAACUAGAUCUUUGCGUAACUAAUUACACAACUGUAAUUCCAUCGACCUCUCAAGCAUCGCGGACUAGAGUUCACUAUGUAUAUGUAUAGCACAACUCUAGAUUCCGUAAACUCUUGUCACAUUUGGCCCUCUUAUUGAACGGAUAUGCGUAACAAUAAGACUAAUGUAAAGUAACUAAAUUUAGAGAAAUAAACAAAACUAACGGUA